AUGCUUUCCACAUUCUAUACAGUUUGUGCGAUUUUCGCCUUCUCUCAAUGUGUGUUCUCGCAUCAAUUAUAUCCAAAUGGUGUUGAUCGGAAACUAAGCAGAACCACCAUUUCCCGUCGAGAACUAGCACUAGCCAAGCGCGACGACGUUGAUCCCUCACUACUCUACCCAACCUACAACCUCACCGUCCCAAUUGAUUAUUUCCACAACGAAUCUCGUUAUGAACCUCACAGCAAUGGCACCUUCCCACUCCGCUACUGGUUCGACGCCACCUAUUAUAAACCUGGCGGUCCAGUAAUCGUUCUCCAAUCAGGAGAAACAGAUGCUACAGGUCGAUUACCAUUCUUACAGAAAGGUAUAUUACAUCAAUUGGCUGUUGCGACACAUGGUAUUGGUGUCGUGCUUGAACAUCGUUAUUAUGGUCAGAGUAUCCCAACCCCUGAUUUCUCAACAGAGAAUUUAAGAUUCUUGACUACCGAACAAGCAUUGAUGGAUGAGGUUUAUUUUGCCAGGAAUAUUGUCUUUCCGGGAUUGGAAGAUUACAAUUUGACUGCACCAAAUGUGGCUUACAUCGGGUAUGGAGGUUCUUAUGCUGGUGCCUUCAAUGCCUUCUUGAGAAAGUUAUAUCCUGAUACUUUCUGGGGAACAAUCUCUUCCAGUGGUGUCGUUGAAGCUAUCUACGAUUACUGGGAUUAUUUUGAGCCUAUCCGCGUUUAUGCCGAUCAAAAAUGUAUCAAGAAUACCCAACUCAUCACCAAUUCGAUGGAUAACAUUGUCAUUGGUCAAGAAAACAACACCGCUCUAAUCCAAGAACUCAAAUCCGUCUGGGGGCUUCCAAAUGUUACCUAUUCCAAUGAUUUCAUGUCGGUAGUCAUGUACGGAAUGUGGGAAUGGCAAAGCAAAAAUUGGGAUCCAGAAGUUGAAGGAACACCAUAUUUUGAUUACUAUUGUGGUAAUGUUACUAGCAAAAAACUUCUUUGGCCAAGUUUGAAUAGCUCUACAACGGAAGUCCAGAAGUUGCUCACGAAGGGUGGUUAUGGUUCUCAACUCAACAGCUUGACAAUUCCAUAUUUGAAUUGGAUUGGUUGGUUGACUGAUUACACUGCCACUAAUUAUGGUGAUUGUUCCCCCAACCAAGAUUCUUGUUACUCGACCCACAACUCUACUUUCUACGCGCAAGACGACGCAUCUCAAGAUUGGCGUCUCUGGCCCUACCAAUACUGUACCGAAUGGGGAUACCUCCAAAACGGUGCUUCCGUCCCCGCAAGCCAACUACCUCUUCUCUCCCGCACAAUUGAUCUUCCCUACCUCUCGAUUAUCUGUGCGGAAUCCUUCAACAUCACAACUCCUCCGGCUGUCGAGAAUAUAAACAAAUACGGUGGUUUCAACCUCACUUACCCAAGAUUAGCAUAUAUAGAUGGCGAACAAGAUGUUUGGCGUCCGGCUACUCCUCAUGCCUCACCUUUUAAUACUACGGCACACAAUCGAACCUCUACUAUUGACCAACCUUUCAUCUUGAUUGAAGGAGCAGUGCAUCAUUGGGAUGAGAAUGGACUUUUCGCAAAUGAGACCACCAAGAGCCUUCCUCCAAAGACGAUUAAGAAAGUACAGAGCCAGGAGGUUACAUUUGUGAAGAAGUGGAUGGAGGAGUGGAAGAGCGAUUGCCAUAGGAAGAAGAGAGCGCUUGUCUGA